CUAGCUGUUAUAAGGCACAAUGUUGACAUAGUUGUGCAAGAACAUGUUGUGCAAGAAUUAGUGUUAAAAGUAUAUAAACAAUGUGUCAGGCAAAACGUAGCAUAUAUAAUUGAGAACAUGUUAUAGCAUAACAGCAGGGUUUUAAAAAUUAAGCUUUUUCUUGACACCUAGCAUCAUUGCUAGGCCGCUUUCAAAACAAUUAACAAUUUUGUUAUAAACUAACAAAGUUGCAUCUAUUAACCAAAAUCAAACACUAAUUAAAUAAUAUGCCUGGCAGAGGACGGGGUAGAGGGCGUGGACGAGGGAGAGGAAGGGGACGUGGACGAUCUGGUGGUAGAGGAAGGGGUAGAUCUGCAGGAGGUAGAGGUGGGUCUAGAGGAGGGUAUCAGAAUACUGGCUCCAGAGAUAACGAUGACAAUACAAACCAGGUCGUUAAAGAUCUAAAUGUUAAUGAUGAGGUAACAUCAUAUUUUGUUGGAAGUGUGUCAGCCGACCAGCACUUUGAUGGCCAGGAACAAAACAGGGACAGGUAUGCAGCUGGAAUGGCGGUACUGGAGAAGAAUGGAGUGGAUAUUGCGAUAAAUGCCAGAGUAAGGGCAUUGGCUGCAGCUUGGGCCAGACAUGACUAUGACUUAGCAGAUGCCUUUCUAAAGAACAAGGAAAACUUUGGUCUCAAUGAAGUAUUGAAGGCUCUAACACUGCUUGACUCAGGGAGACAGGUUCGAGUCCUAGAAAAGAAAAUGAAGAGAUUACAAAUGUCAGCUGGAAAGGUUAAGCCUAAUACCCUGGGCAAGUUGAAGUCAGACAUAGACAAUUUGAAUAAGAAUAAGCCUAAGAAUGGAACAGCAAGUGGGGCAGUAUGUAAGCAUGUUCAGCGAUGGGUAAAAAGGUUCACGAAAGAGGAACUAGAGUUUUAUGCAUUACAUUACCCCAAGGAGCCAUGGAAAAAACUUGCUGACAUAUGUCAUUUCCAUCCAAAGAAGGACUUUGAAGCACUAGACUGGUUCUUGGAUUACUGUUUCGGUGCCCCGGCACCCGAGGGCACAAUGGUUCAAAGGUGCCGGGAUGUUAGUGAUGAUAAUGUGAAUGACUUGAUAAAAGAGUUUGACAUUCCAUAUGCACAUAUCAAACCUAAAGUGACCAAUCUUGACAAAUUGACCGAGGAAUCAAAGGCUAGGAUAUCUGGUUACGAGGCAAAGUUGGACACUGUUAUAUGGUGGUACGAAGAAUUAAAGUGUUCUGCAGUAGAUGAAGUUAUACAAAAACGAAUCGACUCAGGGGAGACAAUCAAUCUACCAAACGGGAAGUUACUAGAAAGAUUACUGGUCCUUAAAAUGUACAGGGAAAAUAUAACAGCCAGUCGUUCUUAUUAUAGUGGCAAUUCAGACAGUACGGAGAAACGGACGGCAGAUGAAACAAAAGCACCAUUCUUCAAACAACUCGUACCACUUGCUCAGAAGAAAAUGGAGGGAAUAAGUCUGUCCCUAGAGUCGCCAAUAGUCGUCAUUGGAGAUGCGUCCGGUUCAAUGCAGGUUGCGGUGCGAACAAGUACGAUUAUUGCGGGACUUUUGACUGCUAUAACAUCGGCAAAACUCUGCUUCUUUAACACAGAAAACAGAUACGCUCCAUAUCUACCUAAAAAUAUUGAAGAGGUUCUUCAGCUAGCUGUAGACACACAAGCUGGAGGGGGCACAACUCCAGCUGCUAGCUUGUGGCCGUUCUAUGAAAAGAAAGAAGUUGUUAAAACAUUUAUAAUGGUCACAGAUGAGGAGGAAAAUGGAAAUUGUCAAGGAUUCAGGUUUCACGAAUUGUUCAAGAAGUAUCACGAAGAGGUCUAUCCGGCUAAGCUGGUUUUCGUGUCAUUCUUCUCCUACCAGCAGUCCAAAGGUCACAUGGUACCUAAAUUAGAGGAACUUGGAUUUAAACCGCUGAGAUUCGUUUUCGACCUCAAUCGUCCAGACUUGACAAAACUGGACAAAUUGUUUGGUAUGCUGGCCACAGGAACGUCCAGCUUCAAUGACGAGAUUGCAGAAAUGGAAGAUAUCAUCAAGACAAAAGGAAUUGCCAAGGCGUUUGAUAGUUUAACAUUAUAAGAGGGCAGUUUUUAUAUAUAAAAAAAAAAAUGUGUUAAGGAUAUGAAAGCAAAAUUCUAAAUAAUCUGUUAACUCCAUGACAUGGAAAAUAUUAUCAAGAUGAAAGCUGAUAAUAAAUAGAUUCCUACUUGACCAAGAAACAUUGAGUAAAAUGAUAAAAUGUUACUUGAAACAGAUUAGGGUUAUGUAAGGAUCUUUGUAGAGCUGUCAUCGAUAAAGACGAUAUCAAUGUAUCUUUGAUAUAUUUCUAUUACAGAUUCACAUUUGAAAAAAAAUGUCUCAACUUAGCUGUUGUUACAUAAUGGACACAUUUCAUAGCAUUAAAGACAAAAAAUGGUCAGAAAAAAACAAAAAAACAUCCAAAAUACAUUUAUAAACAAGACACAACAUAUCUGUAUGAACAGAACAUGUAUUUUACCGAAAUCAUUUAAACAGGUAUGAAAAUGAAUUAUGUACAAGAAAUUAAGAGUAUAUAUCAGUGUAUCGUGUAUCCCUUAUAUUUGUCAUACAAUAUGGAUGUAUAGUCAGUAAUCAAUGACAGCUCUAGAUCUAUGCAUCUAGCAAUAUAAGAGACAAAGUUUCAUUUAUGAACAAAUGUUGUGAUAUGAGAGGAGAAUUUCAAAGAUUUUUUAAAACCUAUAA